GAGCAGAGUUGUCAGGUUAUACAUCUCGGGGAAAUAUUUGUUUGCCUGAGCUGCCCAAGUGCUCUGUGAGAGCCGACAACUCUGCCCACUGCUCCUGCUGACCUCUGAUCUGUCCCUCAGCCUCCUGCUUCUCAGCACAGUGCUGUCCCAAGGCCUCUGUGACUCUUGUUCCCCAGACUGUGUUUGCCUGUGAGGGCUGCCCAGGGGGAGCAGGGGAGGUGUCCAAGGUGGAGAGGGUGAGCUACCCUGUACCCACUCCAGAGAAGAUCCCUCCUGCAUCUGCAGGAUGCUGGCCAUGCCUGUGUCUGUGCGUAAGGGCAGUUGACCUUGUUUCUGUCCUGAAGCUGACCCCCAUGCAGCAUCUUCUGCUGUUUCCUGUGGAUCUGCUGGAGACAGGGUGGCAGAGGACAGAAGGGGUGUGUGGCUGGGCAUCCUCUGCCCUGGGAGGAUGACAGGGUUACUUGUAGCCCCUGCAGCAGUGUUAUAUGUUGGCAUGGACCCUGGAGAGCUGCUGAGCCACAAUGAGGAACAGUCAGCUGUGGCAUGGGCUGAGGGGGGAACUCAGCCCUGAGGCUGCGAGGUUGCCCAGAACCUCCCUCUGCCCUAUGCUGUUACCCUCUCCUCCUUCCCUUGCUCUGUUUAUCCACCUUCAGGGCUGGGUUUGAAAAAGCUCCAGAGGAGCUGAGCUCACUUUUCCUAAUAGCCUUUUCAAAAUUUGCUCUCGUGUUUGCUUGGAGAAAUUAGCUGUUUUGUUGUAGAACAGUUUUUCAUCAGGGCUCCCCAGCAGCGUUGUUGAUGGUAUCUGUCAUGAGUCUGUGAUGCUCCAGCUGUUAAUAUAACCUGUGCCAUGCUGUCAGUAACUGAGCCUCCUUCUGUGGGAGAUGAGUGCCACAGCCCUCUACAGUGUCUCUUCUGUACACAUUGCCCCAGGGGUUGUUGCUGCUUGUGUUGAGGAGCGGGUGAGGGCUAUUCUUGGGUGCAUCCCAGAAACAAGAAGGCAGAUGGAAGGCAGUUGUGGGAAUGCUUCCAGGAGAGCAGCCCCAUUUUGAAUGAGGCUAUUGAAGUGUAUAGAGCUCUGCUGAGCUGCCAGUGGCGCUACACAUCUCAGGCCUGGCUCUCAUGCUCUAACCUUGCAGGGGAGCAAUAGAAAGAUGAACUUUAGCUCUCAAGUUACUUUUAGCAGCUUUUCUCUGAGCUCUGGAUAUCCUGUUUACCCCUGGUCUUGCAUCAUGCACUGCUUGGCCUUGGCUGCAUCGAUUGCUCCCUGGCUCCAUUCCAGAGACAGGAGGCAAACUGCAGAGAUGGGCAAGCCUGGUGGAGUUAGAAAGAUUCAACCCUCAGAUCUUUAAAUCCAAUCAGGGGAGGCUUCCUGGUAGCAGGGCUGGUUGAGGAGAGGCUCCUCUGUGGGGUUUUGGGGCUGAUGAGAUCAGUGUCCCUUACACUAGUGACUGUGACAGUAAGGAGUGUUACAGAGACCCUUUCCCUCUGAGAUGGUUGGUGCUCCAGGCUGCCUUCUGUCAAUGCUGGAGGAGUCGGAGCUCAGUGCUGUGCCCAAGGAGGCAAUGUCUCCUCUCAGCCCUUUGGGAGGAAGAGGAAGCUUUUGGCUGCUUCCUGCUCCCAACCAGCCCCACCUUCCUGCAUCCUGUUCUGCUGGAUGGGACCCCUUCCCUGGGGCUGCAUGCCCUCUUGUCACCCGCUGUCUCUAUUGGCAUGAGCCCAUGUUCUACCAAAGCACAUCUCGAGGCUCUUCCCACUCUGCUGCUCUUGCAAUGAUGUGGGGAGGGUUUGCCAGGACAGUCUCUGAUUGAGCUGGCAACUGUAAAAACUCAACUUGCCUUACUACUUCUGCUUGAAGGAUCCUUCAAGGUGAAAACUGGAUGCAGCAAAGCUGCUGGGGAUGGUGAGCAGAGACCAUGUCCUGCCCUGGGUUGGCUGCAGGUGUAGCUACCUCCUGCACAGGGUGAGCAUGGGGCUCUUCCAUGCUUGUGUGCAUGCUCUGCAGUGACUUCCUUGUGGGGAGAUGCUGCAGUGGGAGGAGGGAGAGCGGUUUGUGAUUUGCUGCACGCUAGUUUUGUUUCUCAGGGUUGGGUCGGACAACAGCAGUGCUGGGGCCCUGGCAGGGUGCUGGCUUCCUGUGGCCAUGGGGCAUGUGCUGUGGCUGCCAGGGAGGAUCUCAUGCUUUAGAUGGAGCCCAGGCUGCUGCCAGUGGUGCGUCCUGCAGCUAUUGUGGCAGGGAGAAGUGACUGAUUGCCAUCCAAGUGCCAAGACUGAGGGCUUUGCUUUUGGCCUUUUGGUGCUCUGCAGAUUGAGACUCUGGUACUGCCCUGAAAUGCCCAGGCUGUAGCUUUCCUGUGGAAGAUCUGUUUCGAUCAAGGAGCCAGUGAAGUGGCAGCUGGUUCAGCUGCUGCAGUCUGAUAGGAGCACUGGAGGCUGCCUGGGAAGCCAGCUCCUAUACAAUGUCAUUACUGCAGCAGCACCCAUCCUUGGUGCCCAGGGCAGGGCCGGGGAUGCCCCUCUGGUAGGAGAUGAGCUGGGGCAGUUGCUGCUUCUGGAUGGGCUGAUGAACCCUCUCCCCUCUGCACAGGGACAAUGUUGCAGUGGUGCAAUAGGAAAUGAGGCAGCUGAGCUCGCCGGCCGGGCAGGAGACUCUGGUGGCUUGAAGGUCUUCAUCUCUUGCCUGGCCCAUGUAUCUGUUGGGUUUUCCUCCCCAGAAGCAGCACUGUACUGUAGUAAUGGCCUCCAGAACCAAGUUAAAAGGGCUGUGAGCACACUACAGCUGACUAUGUGGAGGGAGUGCUUCUCAUGCUGCUGCAGCUGGACAAAACAGCCAGCAAAGAGCCCCACUCACUGCAAAAUGGGGGCUUUGUACACAGCUCUGAGCUGUGGCUAACAGCCUGGCCUUUCUUGGCAUACACUUGAAGAAAGCAAAAGCUCUGGGGUUGCAAAGGCCCUGUCACAUCAAGCCAGGUCUUACUGGGAGGCUGAAGGAGUAUCUAUUGUUCACAUGUUCUUGUAGGGGGCAGUAUAUCUCUCUCUCCUCCCUUUGACUUUGCUCCACUGAGAACAGGCUUGGUUCACAUGGUCUUCUCUGAGGGUUGCACCAGCAGGUUGUUGUUCAAGGUUCUGUGGAUGUUGCUCCUGUCUUUGGGGCUACUCGAUGCUGUGAAGCUGUAAAAUCCUCUUUAACUCCAUGUCAAGUGCCAGUGUCUGUCUUCUCCCUGUGCCUCAGUCCACAACAGGAUGUUCCCCCUUUCUCUCCUCUUACAAAAAACAUCCCAAAAAAUGGGGAGUCAUGUGCAGCAAACUGCAGAAGGGCACAACAUACAGUGAUGCUGAAAGCAUCAGGUGCAAGGGAUGUGAUAUAUGGGCCCAUCUUGAAGAAGCUGCUGGUGAAACUCAGCUCCCCACGCUGAAAAGAUGCUCCUGGACAAGUGGGGACUUGGGGCAUGGGAGCUGGGGGUGGUGGCAGGGUGCCCAUGGACUUUUCUUGUGCUGCUGGAAAUCUGCACAAGCACCCAGCUCUGUGCUCCAGGCAAGGUUCAAAACUCCUGCCUGCUGCUACUGUGUGCUCAGGGAAGUCUUAUGUCCUGUUACAGCUUCUUAAAUUUCUGUCCUACCUAACAAAAUCCUGCCUGGCUCUUGCCUGAAGCAGCUGUGGGCCUGGUUCUGGUUGUUUUGUCUUUGCCUACUUCCAGCCCAUCCAGGGGCACAGGGCAGAGCAGCCUGAUUUGCUGGAGGGGAAUAAAUCCCAUCUUGAGGGGUGGCAUGGCCUUCCUCCCAUCUGCCUCCUCACUGAGCAAAGCUCUGCUCUCUGGGUGCUGCUCUGUGCCUGCUGGCCCCUUCACAGACCUUUGAGCCUCCUGCCAUGUUUGCUGUGAUUUCCUUUGUCCCAGCUCCUUGGGGAUGCCCCACUCUGAUGUUUUGCCCACAGAAGCUGUGAUGGGCUCUGGGAUGGAGCACAGUACCCUGAACUGAGCCCAGGGCCAGCCUGGGAUGUGUGGCAUCUGCUCCUGCAGCACUGUCUGCCCAGCCAGCCCCAAAGCACAGCUGGCGUGUCACUUGCUGUGGUGACCUUUGGGAAAAGCAAACAGCUUCCUGCAGGGAAGAGCUCUGUGCUUUCCCUCCCUGAGCACAGCUUGCAGCCCCCUCAUUAGGGUUCCUUUGAUUUCCAUUGAUACACAAGUUGCUAACUGUCCUGGUUUAGGCCCAUCAGGGAACAAAGACCACGAUUAGCCUCGAGUACCGAAGAGGCUGAGAAUUGCUCAAGGGCAGGGAGGGCUUAAUUGCCGCUUAAGGUUCAGGACAAAACAGACCAGGCCACUCGGUUUGGGGAAGAAAACAGAAAAUAAUUUAAUGCAACAUCAACUAAAACAUACCCACAAAAACCCAAAACAUAACCAAAACGAAACAACACAGAGUAAUACAUCAUUGAAGAGUCCAACCAGCCUUUUUAAGAACACCUUCUUGCCACACCUCCCCUCUUCCCGGGCUCAGAGCCCUGAUCCCGGGGUUUUUACCCUGUCCCCUCCUGAACGGUUCGGGGGGGCAGGCAGUGGGGGUUUCAGUUAGUCUGUUCCCCAUAGCUUCUGCCGUUUGUCCCUCCUCAGGACGGGUGAACUCCACGCCAGUCCUCCCUGCAAGUCCGUGGGGUAACUCACACGCAUGGCAGACCUGCACGGGCUGCUCCGACGCGCACUUAUUCCAAAGGCUGCAGCUCCUCUCUGCCUCUCGUGUGGGGCUGCUCUGCGGCGCGCAGGCUCUCCAGCACGGCAUGGGCCAUGGCCGUCUCCCCACACAGUCCCUCGCCCAUCCGGGCUCACUCACAUGAGAGCUGGUGGCUCUCAGUCCUGCCACGGAUCUCCAUAGAUUUCAGGGGCACAGCUUGUAUUCUCGCCACGGCUUGCAGAAGGGUCUCCGGUCUACUGCUUCUCCUUCCUUUCUCCUUCUCUGGCUGGAGGGUCCGCGUGGUCGCCUCCAUCUUGUAUCACUCUUACACCUCCUCACUCGCAUUCCUGUCCCCUAAAUAGUGAUCGCAGAGGCGCCAGAUUGGCCCAGCCGGGCCGGAGGUGGGUGUGAACCAAGGAGCCGGGGGAGAGUCCGCAAACUCUUUACCGGGUCUUCACUGCAACCCGCUCCCCCUGUUACUAAGCCAAAAGUUGCUCCUUGCUAAACCAGAACACUAACUCAAAAAUUGCUUCUUCCUUGUUUCUGUUUCCUGGCAGUCUCUGCCUUCUGCACUUACUGUAAGCUCUGCAGCUCCUUCCCUGCCUCCUGGAGCAGCAGCAGCAGGCAUGUGUGCUGUCUGGCUAGAGGGUGUCUGGAAGACAUUGACAUCAGAUUAAAGCCCUGUACCUGUUGUUAGUGACCUACAUGCCCAAGACCCACUCUUUCCCCCUGUGGAAAGAAGGUAUGAAAGCUUUGGGAAAUGGUUCCUCUCUAGGAGAAAGCUUUGCUGAAGGCAGGAAUUUGGGAAGUGUGCUCUCUAUCUUGGGGAAGCUCCAUGCUCACCAGGCUGAAGCUGGACAGAUGGAAGCUCAACUCCUGAAACCAAGCCCAGAGCUGUAUUCCCUCGGCUUAAGGAGUUCUUGUGUGUGUCUGAGGGGUUUGAUGGUGUUGGGGGAUGCCUGCAAUGUCACUUUUAACUCUGACCUGACCCUGUGGUGUGAGGAGCAGCAUCAAGUGAGGCUUCCUACCUGGCUGGAUUUGUAACAGCAGCUGUGUCUGGCUCAACCUGCUUGGGGCUUGUGCCUCCCUUAGCUCUUGGGGUCUGUGGGUUGUGAGAUCCUCUGCAGGGCUGGGAGAGGAUGAGGCUCAGUUCAGCAGCUGGGGCCUGCCUGCUGUGCUCCUGUAAUCUGAUGCAAAUGGCCACUGGCUGCGAGCACCAGCUCUAGCUCUGCUCUUCUGAUCUCAGAUGUUUCAGAUUAAUUUCAUGACAUGUGAUGUAAAAAGAGAAUGAGUUGGAAUCCAGGCUUUAUUCAGCUUCACAACUGGAGUGGCUGGAGCAAAACCUCUCUGCUGCUGCUCUUCUUGGGAAGCUCACCAGGGCUGCCUUCUAUGCUUGCCUUGGGCUGGAUUCCUAGUUAUGCUCCUGGGAUGAAGGGAGACUGCUGGGCCCUCACUUUUUGGUCCUCUGGCUGCUUUGCCCCUCACCCUGCAGACAGUUGAGGUUGCCUUGUGCUGCUGAGUGCUGGGGCACAGAUGUUGGUGGGUGUGAAAAGGGCCUUUCCCCUCACAGCCAGGCUGGUUUCUUCCUGCUCUCCCUGAGGCCUGUGUGCUGUUAUUCCUGCACUAAGGAUGUCCUUUUGGCCUGUGGCUCUGCCUUCCCUUGACCUGGGCCCGCCUAUGGGUGAUGGCAGCAAGACCUGCCCUGCCAGUUGGAGCUGGUGACUGCUCUUGCCUUGACAUUGGCACCAACCUGUCCCAGGACUCCUUGAACUGGUCUCACAGCUGCCAGCACAACGAAGGUUUUGCUGAAGAGGAACCAGUUCCUGGAUGUGUGAGAGGCUCUGCAUUGACACGGAGCCUGGGUUUGUCCCUCAGGGUACUUUGGAGCUCUACAGUGUUGUGAGCCCAGAGCUGCCAUUGGAGAGAUGGGCACUGCCUGGCCCUUCCCACACACCUCCACACUCCAGAGCUGCAUGCCCUAGGCUCACCAUGACCCAUCUAUCUCUGCCUCUGGCCCCACCACCCUGUCCCAAACAGCUGGCAGGAAGCCUCCUGGGUGCCAGCAGCACACAUGUCAGUCCCACCAGGUCUCUCGAGCUGGCCAGGAUGGCGCAGUGGAACCAGCUGCAGCAGCUUGACACGCGGUACCUGGAGCAGCUCCACCAGCUCUACAGUGACAGCUUUCCCAUGGAGCUCCGGCAGUUCCUGGCCCCGUGGAUUGAGAGUCAGGACUGGGCAUAUGCUGCCAGCAAGGAGUCCCAUGCCACACUGGUGUUCCACAACCUGCUGGGAGAGAUUGACCAGCAGUACAGCCGUUUCCUGCAGGAGUCCAAUGUCUUGUACCAGCACAACCUGCGGCGCAUCAAGCAGUUCCUGCAGAGUAGGUACUUAGAGAAGCCGAUGGAAAUAGCCCGCAUCGUGGCUCGCUGCCUGUGGGAAGAGUCCCGGCUCCUCCAGACAGCUGCCACUGCAGCCCAGCAAGGGGGACAGGCAACACAUUCAAUAGCAACUGUAGUGACAGAAAAGCAGCAGAUGCUGGAGCAGCAUCUACAGGAUGUGAGGAAAAGGGUGCAGGAUCUAGAGCAGAAAAUGAAAGUGGUGGAGAAUCUCCAGGAUGACUUUGAUUUUAACUACAAGACUUUGAAAAGCCAAGGAGACAUGCAGGAUCUGAAUGGAAACAAUCAGUCGGUGACCCGUCAGAAAAUGCAGCAGCUGGAACAGAUGCUCACGGCGCUGGACCAAAUGAGAAGGGGUAUUGUGAGCGAGCUGGCUGGGCUGUUGUCAGCCAUGGAGUAUGUGCAGAAGAUGCUGGCAGAUGAGGAACUGGCAGACUGGAAGAGACGACAGCAGAUUGCCUGCAUUGGUGGCCCACCCAAUAUCUGCUUAGAUCGUCUUGAGAACUGGAUAACCUCUCUUGCCGAAUCGCAGCUACAGACCCGGCAACAGAUCAAGAAGUUGGAAGAACUGCAGCAGAAAGUGUCCUACAAGGGUGACCCAAUUGUCCAACACCGGCCCAUGCUGGAGGAGCGGAUUGUGGAGCUGUUCAGGAACCUGAUGAAAAGUGCUUUCGUUGUGGAGAGGCAGCCUUGCAUGCCCAUGCACCCUGACCGGCCCCUGGUCAUCAAAACUGGCGUGCAGUUCACCACCAAAGUCAGGUUGUUGGUCAAGUUCCCAGAGCUGAACUAUCAGCUGAAAAUUAAAGUCUGCAUUGACAAGGACUCUGGGGAUGUUGCAGCUCUUCGGGGGUCCCGGAAGUUUAACAUCCUGGGGACAAACACCAAGGUCAUGAACAUGGAGGAAUCAAACAAUGGCAGCCUCUCAGCAGAGUUCAAGCACCUGACCCUGCGGGAGCAGCGGUGUGGUAAUGGAGGCAGAGCCAACUGUGAUGCCUCACUGAUAGUCACUGAGGAGCUGCACCUCAUCACCUUUGAGACAGAGGUGUAUCACCAGGGGCUGAAGAUUGACCUGGAGACCCACUCGCUGCCUGUGGUGGUCAUCUCCAACAUCUGCCAGAUGCCCAAUGCCUGGGCAUCCAUCUUGUGGUACAACAUGCUGACCAAUAACCCCAAGAAUGUGAACUUCUUCACCAAGCCCCCCAUUGGGACCUGGGACCAGGUGGCAGAGGUGCUGAGCUGGCAGUUCUCCUCCACCACAAAACAUGGCCUUAGCAUUGAGCAGCUGACAACACUGGCAGAGAAACUCCUAGGGCCAGGUGUGAAUUACUCCGGCUGUCAGAUCACUUGGGCCAAGUUCUGCAAGGAGAACAUGGCUGGCAAAGGCUUCUCUUUUUGGGUCUGGCUGGACAACAUCAUUGACUUGGUGAAAAAGUACAUCCUGGCACUGUGGAAUGAAGGGUACAUCAUGGGGUUCAUCAGCAAGGAGAGGGAAAGAGCCAUCCUGAGCACCAAGCCCCCAGGAACCUUCCUGCUGCGCUUCAGUGAGAGCAGCAAGGAGGGAGGCAUCACCUUCACUUGGGUGGAGAAGGACAUCAGCGGGAAGACCCAGAUCCAGUCUGUGGAGCCUUACACCAAGCAGCAGCUGAACAACAUGUCAUUUGCUGAGAUCAUCAUGGGCUACAAAAUCAUGGAUGCCACCAACAUCCUGGUGUCCCCCUUGGUGUACCUGUACCCAGACAUCCCCAAAGAGGAGGCAUUUGGGAAGUACUGCCGCUCUGAGAGCCAGGAGCACUCUGAAGCUGCUGACUCAGGUGCUGCUCCCUAUCUGAAGACCAAGUUCAUCUGCGUCACCCCCACCUCUUUUAGCAACACCAUCGACCUGCCCAUGUCCCCACGCACCCUGGACUCACUCAUGCAGUUUGGCAACAACAGCGAGGGAGCAGAAGCCAAUGCAGGAGGGCAAUUUGAAUCGCUGACCUUCGACAUGGAGCUGACCUCAGAAUGUGCUUCCUCGCCCAUGUGAGGCUGGCACUUGCUCACAGGGCCCUCCUGGGACUUGGGGCUUCUGCCCGUAAAGAGCUACUGCUCUUGCCCUGCUCAGGCAUAGCUGUUCCAGGCCUCUCCUCAAGAGGAGCAGGGGCCCAAGGGCCUCAUCACUGAUUUCUUGUUUGACCCAAACACACACUCCCUUUGCUAGGGUGGUGCUGUUCGUCGUUUGGAGAGGGGAAGAAUGGACCUUUUUUAUUUCCUUCCAUAACAGUUUUGUUUUAUUGUUUUGCUCAUUCAAAUGCCUAUUUUGCCUCUGGUCACAGCCUUAGUUUUCACAAAUGCUUCUGCAGCCCUGGCCAUGCUGCCUGCUGUUGAAAGCUGCUUUCCUGACUGCCAGACUCUAAAAGCCCAGAUUCCCCUCUGGGUACCUGAGAGGGGAUGAGCUGGUCCUGGCCUCCACAUGGGUUACCCAGUGCACUGUGUGAGGGAGUCUGCCCUGCUGCUGCCUCAGAGCCCUCCCAGAGCUCACAGAGGAUUCUUCUCUGCACCCUUGGCCCUGUUUUCAGCCAGGAGGACCUACACAUGGCUCAGAGCUGUGAGGUAGAUGGGCCCAGGUGAUGCUUCUGCUGGGCUCAGCCUGGGCUUUGCCAGGAGCAGGGAGUUUUGGAGGCUGCCUGUGUUGGCAACCAACUUCCUGCUGCAGGCACCAAGAUCUGGCUGGCUCCAGCAGCCCCAGGGCUGCUGCUGGGACAACUGGUUUCCCUGACUGGUCUCCCUGUAGUGCAGAGGCUGCCCUAGGGCAGGGCAGUGACAUGUCCCAAUGCCAGUGCAUGUUUGUGAGCAUGCAAUGUUGGCUUCUUGGGUCUGUUUUGGGACCUGGGCAAAACCCUGGAGCCUGCCCAGCCAUGACUUGCUCCAUGGCCAGGUUCCUGACAGGAUCAUGACUGUGUUUCCCUUGCUGCACAGUCAGACCAGGGGGAGGAUGGGAGGCUACUGGAUCUGCCAUGACCAGCAGUGGAUGGCCUAGUUCAGCCCUUUUGCCUCAGGUAUGGCUUGUGCUGUCCCAGGCAGUGGAUUUGCAGCUUCUCAGGGGCUUCACAUGGCAUUUUUAUUGGAGAUUGCCUGUCCUUGUUAAGGUAGAAGAUGGCAAGAGCUGAAGGGAACAGGAUCUAGGUAGGGAGAAGAAUCUCUAGUUGGCCAUUGCUCAAGAGAGCUGUGGGUGUUGCAAAGGUUUCCUUGCUGAGGAGUCAAGAAAAGGUGAAGCUGUGUUGGCUGAGGAUUGUGGUUCUGUAGUUACCAAAGUGGGGGGAUCCCUCCUGCCCUUCCUGUGCAGUGGGCAUGCAGACACCAAGCAGGGAAGGGGAGGGAGAGGCAGUGGGAGGGCUGCUGGCUCUCCUCAGCACCUGCAAGCCCAUGGUGUUAGGGUACUGUGGCUGCCCACAGUGAAGGUGGCACAGAGGGCUGUGCUUGGCCAGGCCCAGUGCUUCAGGGCAGGGCUGUGAGUAACAUCAGCAGAGAAACAUCUUGCUGGGCAUCAGCCCUGGGCUUUACCAGUCUGUGAUGUAUCUUGAUUUGACCCUAAAUGGAGAGAAACCAUCAUCUGUACCAGCAAUGCUGCUGUGGCACAGGGUGGACUUGAUGUGUGGCUCUGGCCUUUCUGCCCAGUGAAGGCUGUGGAGUGUCCCUAUGGCAUGGGGGCCAGGGAGGCAGGGGCAAGGAUCCAAGGGGAAGGGGGAAGAGGGCUGUGGGGUCCAGAGGAGCCCCCUUAGCUACAUGUGGGCAAGAGGGGAUAGCCAUGGUUGAGCACUGGAACAGACUUCCCAGGAAGGGCGUGGAGUCUCCUUCUCUGGAGGUCUUCAAGACCUGCCUGGACACGUUCCUGUGUGACCCUGAUCUAGGUGAACCUGCUUCUGCAGGGGCGUUGCACUAGAUGAUCUCUAAAGGUCCCUUCCAACCCUACCAUUCUAUGGUUGUGAUUGCUGUCCCUGGGGCCAGGAAUGCCUUUUGGAGCUGGGAGGGGAUGAGGGCUCCCAUGUCGCUGCCUACAGCUGCAGUCCCUGUAGCCUGGGACAGCAUUCAGUAUUGUACAAAUUCUUCUCUUUUUGUAUAUUUUAUUGCUGUAUCUACAGGCUUGAACUUUCUCCAAAAUAAAGGUGCUAAAGCAA